CCCCUUCACGGAGGCCGAGGCUGAGGUUGCAGAGAGAACUGGAACUGGGCUCGCCCUAGGGGAAGGCAGCGCGGCCAAUCCGUCCCCUCCCCACACCCUACUCCGAGGGGGUGGGGGAUAGAGAAGAGGUUGGGGUUGGAGCAGCAGUGAGGGGGCCCCUCCCUGGCACCUCCCCCCACCAGACUUGGUCGCGCCCGAAGUGUAACACUUUCUCUUUGUCGGAGGAGCUCCUCUGUUUCCUGUGCAGCAGCUCCCGUUGCGGCGGCACCCGUAGCAGCCCUGGCGGACGAAGGAGCGAUGGCAGCGGCCGACAUAGCUCGCCAGGUGGGCGAAGGUUGCCGAACUGUCCCCCUGGCUGGACAUGUGGGGUUUGACAGCUUGCCUGACCAGCUGGUGAAUAAGUCAGUCAGCCAGGGCUUCUGCUUCAACAUCCUGUGCGUGGGGGAGACAGGUUUGGGCAAGUCCACCCUCAUGGAUACCCUGUUCAACACCAAGUUCGAGGGGGAGCCAGCCACCCACACACAGCCGGGUGUCCAGCUCCGAUCCAAUACCUAUGACCUCCAGGAGAGCAAUGUGGGCCUGAAGCUCACGAUCGUGAGCACUGUGGGCUUUGGGGACCAGAUCAACAAGGAGGACAGCUAUAAGCCCAUCGUGGAAUUCAUAGACGCUCAGUUUGAGGCCUACCUGCAGGAGGAGCUGAAGAUCCGGAGAGUACUGCACACCUACCAUGACUCCCGAAUCCAUGUCUGCUUGUACUUCAUUGCCCCCACAGGACAUUCGCUCAAGUCUCUGGACCUAGUAACCAUGAAGAAGCUGGAUAGUAAGGUGAAUAUCAUCCCCAUCAUUGCCAAAUCAGAUGCCAUUUCUAAGAGUGAGCUGACCAAGUUCAAGAUCAAAAUCACCAGCGAACUUGUGAGCAAUGGAGUCCAGAUCUAUCAGUUCCCCACGGAUGAUGAGUCAGUGGCCGAGAUCAAUGGAACCAUGAAUGCCCACCUGCCGUUUGCCGUUGUUGGCAGUACAGAAGAAGUGAAGAUCGGCAACAAGAUGAUGAGGGCGCGGCAGUAUCCUUGGGGGACUGUGCAGGUUGAAAAUGAGGCCCACUGCGACUUUGUGAAGCUGCGGGAGAUGCUGAUUCGGGUCAACAUGGAGGAUCUGCGGGAGCAAACCCACACCCGGCACUAUGAACUGUACCGCCGCUGUAAGCUGGAGGAGAUGGGCUUCAAGGACACCGACCCCGACAGCAAACCAUUCAGUUUACAGGAGACAUAUGAGGCGAAAAGAAAUGAGUUCCUAGGGGAGCUCCAGAAGAAAGAAGAGGAGAUGAGACAGAUGUUUGUCCAGAGAGUCAAAGAGAAAGAAGCCGAGCUCAAGGAGGCGGAGAAAGAGCUGCAUGAGAAGUUUGACCGUCUGAAGAAACUGCACCAGGAAGAAAAGAAGAAGCUGGAGGAUAAGAAGAAAUCCCUGGAUGAUGAAGUGAAUGCUUUCAAACAGAGAAAGACAGCGGCUGAGCUGCUCCAGUCUCAGGGUUCUCAGGCUGGGGGCUCGCAGACUCUGAAAAGGGACAAAGAGAAGAAGAAUUAACUCUGCUGUUUGCUGCAUGCUGCAUGAGACCCAGGGUCCUGUAAUCCAUGGCUGUGUACUGAAUAGUAUGCCCUGCUACAGCUGGACUGGACUCCACUUAGCCUUUUAAGCGAAGGUUCUUAUCUUAACUGACAACUUUUUUUAAUGGUGCCAGACAGCAGGGCCCUCCACCCCUGCUCUGGUACUUCAACCCCGCCUCCUCUCUCUCUCUCUCUUUGAGUUUUGCGACUUGCUUCUGCCUCCCAGUCUGACUGGCAUGGACCAUGGCCUUCUUCUUUUUUCAUAUUUUAAAGGUGGUCGUAAGAUCACUACCUCUAAAACACACAAGACGAUAAUAAAUUUCCAGGCUUUCUGAACCAUUGCAAAAGGGCGGGGGCCAUUAUCUCGAUCAUAGUUAAUACCCCGAAGCCAAGACUAAGCCCAAAGCGGAACUAGUUCAAAGCAAGCAAGUCCAUGUGCACACUCUCUUUUCUUGUUGGCAAAGAGAGAAGGCAAUGUUGAUACGUUACUGGUCACUGGCCAGAGGCAAGUACAGGGCAACAAUGGGAAAGCAUGAGCUAGUUUCUUGGGAAAAACCAACUGGAAGUGGAGAAUUUCAGGAAACCAUAUGCCUAGAGGUAAAACAGAAGAAGCCACCACCACCAAGAACAGAAAGCUCCAAAGCAGAAUCCCUAAAUACCCUCAGAUACACAGUCAGUAGUCGGGGGAGCCAGGCUACUGAGUUAAGGCUGUCUGGGUCUCCUUGAAAAGGACCCCUUAUUUGUAGUUAUGGGGUUCUGUGGGGGUUUUGUUUGUUUUUAAGACAAGUUCUUACUAUGUAGCCCUGGCUGGCCCUGAAAUCACAAUGUAGACCAGGCUGGCCCUCAAUUUCACAGAGAUCUGCCUGCCUGUAUUUCCUGAGUGCUAAGAUUAAAGGCAAACACCAGCCAUGUGUAGACCCAGCUGUCUUAGAGGUUUUAAUCCACCUUCCCAGAAAUGAGGCCUCUCGUUUGCAUUUGAGCUAUACAACCUUCCAAAAGCAAGCAGGAAUUAUAUCUAAGGUGGGAACUUUUUGGUCAGCAUGGCUGAUGUAACCCCCUAUGGAGGAUAUUGACAUGUAGAGAAAUGGAGGGACUUUUCCAAGGCCCCACUGCUGUUUAUUGGCAAAACCCAAGCAAAAUUUCAUGUCUCUGGGUUCCUGAUCCACUUCACUAAGGGACCCGAGUAUUUAUGUAUGCUCCUGGAGACAAGACUUUUUUUUUGAAGUUCAGAGAAACCAGUCAAUGUUAGAGGAGUCUUGAGGGUUUUCACAUAGAAAACUAGGAUGGGAUGGUGAGGAGAAGGCUCCAGGCCAGUUGCCAUGGUGCCUGAUGGUCAGUUAGCUUUCCUAUAAGUCUGGACCAGGACCAGGUCAGUGUCCAUUUGCCGGCGCACUGUGUGGCUUCUUAUAAUCAGGGAACUUUGGUGGAUAUAAAAAACAAUUGAACUUAUGAAAGGAAUUGAGAUGAUGCUACAUUUCAUUGAGUAACUAUUCUCACUGUAAAUGGAAUGGGUUUUGUUUUUCUUCAUUUGGGAGUCUUUGUAAUGAGUACAGUUGUUACUAUUUUUUUAAAGCACCCUAAACUCUGUUUGCUUCUAGUGAGACAAAAACCAGUCAUUAGAUAUGGUCUGUGCUUUUAUUUUUCUAGACUAGAAUGAAAUGGCUUUCCUGAAACACACACACACACACACACACACACACACACACACACACACACACACACACUUCAUUUCUCCGAAGCCAAGAAAUCUGCUUUCCCCACCUAGUUUGGAUCUUUUUUUAGACAUCAUUUGGUAUUCACGUGUGGCUGUUAAUAUGUGCUUAUUUUUUAAUUAAAGCAAGACUCAUUAAACCGG